AUGGAAUUGCGGUUCUGGUGUCUAUUCGCUGGGGUGGUGAUCUCGACUGCUUCGCUUGAUGCAGCCUGCUGUGCAUCUAACACAAAUACUGAUAUUUGUUCGAAUACUGAUACUUGGAUCAGCAAAGCUCAUGUCGUAUCGGUGAUUUCUACAAACUUCUUCGGACAAAACAGCUAUUACAUUUACCAUACAAGCAUUAUUAAGGGAGGUUUCUUCUUGCCAACUGUUCUCAAAACGCCGACGAGCUGUGGAGUCGAUUUGAAAGUUGGACAAGAAUAUUUGCUAGCUGGUCAAAUGGGCAGUUUCAACCGAGAGCUCUGGGCUACUCAAUGUGAUCAAUUUGAACACAAGACAGCCCCGCUUUUGAGCGAAAUCCCUGAAAAGACUAUCGACAGCCUUCUUUGCAAUCAAAAUCAUCCGAUGGGA